ACUCAAGAAACCCCCGCCCCGCUGGCCUUCUGUAGUAGAUGAGCUCUUCCCGCCGCCCGCCGGCGACCAUGUCGUCGUCUGCCUCAGAGACGGGAAGAUAAUUUUUGUUUUUGGUAGCGUGACGUUCAGAGAGCUACCUGGCCUAGUCGGGCCUGGAGAAGUCAACUCUUUUCUCGAGUGUUCUUCAAGAGCCCAUGUCCAUAUUUGUAACUUGUGCAUUAACAGAAGUUGGAUAGGCUUGCUAUGGCGCAUAAUGAGAGUGUUGAAGACUGUAAGACUAUUGCUGGUCAGUCGAGUGAGUCCCUAAGUAAUUCAACAGAGUACAACAUGCAAGUCACCACUUUUACAGAAGAUCUGAAGGAUGUGACACUCCAUUUUCAGAUUAUACAGUUACCUAGGCAGAUUUAUGUGUGGAUUGGCUGCAAUUCUUCCAAACUUGGUCAUUUAUAUGCUGCUGCACCGACGCGCCCCAGAAAUGAGGUAACUGUUGCUUCAAUACUAGGUGGGGCAGCUGACAAUACUGGUCUUAGUAUUUCUCGCCGCCUAGUCAUAAAAACAGGUCUCAAUAUAGUGCUGGCUUGCAAUAUUCCCAAGAAUUGCCCAAUGAUUGAGGCUGAUGCAGAGAGAUUGCUGCUCCAGAAGCUCAAAAGCCUAGGUUAUAUAAAGCCAAAUUCUGGGAGUGUUGCUAGCUGACAUGGAGCAACUAACCUUGUUGAUGACGCCUUUUGAGCUGGAAUCCUUGUUAUGAUUGGUCCAGCUAAGUCAUGUAGCCAACAUUUGCAAUUAGUAAGUAUUCUGGGCGGGCAUGAUCCUGAUUAAAGCUUGCGCUGCCUUCUGCAGUUUUUGUAAUUUGAUUAGCAUGGAUACAACUGUUCUUACUUAUACAAGUUAGGUCGGUGAUUUGAUGACUGCCAGCCUAUCCUUUGCCACCUUUAGCACCUUUCCUCGAUUAUGUAUAAGGCUUUCUGCUCUAACAAUUUUGUCAGCAG